AUGUCUCUCACUUAUCUGGAUCAAUUUCCCCUAGAGAAUAUAUCGAUGAAUACAAUUCAGCUUAUUUUUCUGAUUCUUGGAUUGGUCGAUUUAGUCGUGCUCCACAUAAUCCUCGAUAGGAAGAAAAUCUGCAGUUUUUUAUCAGAACAUGAGUUUCCAAUCCAAUUAACUAGGUUCAAUGAUUCCAAAGUUCAGGCUGGAAGGAAUGGAGAUUUUGAGUUAUCCAAGAAGAAACCGGCCUUCACAGAGAAGAUGGUUGGUGGAAGCGUGUGUAAAGGAGAUAUAGAGAUGGUUCUAAGAAGUGUGGGAUUAUUUUGCAGUCCUGAAGAAGGAAAGCUUCCCGAAAAACUGGAUGCUAACGAUCUUUUCAAUAUGUUUGAAGAGAAAAAUCCUUCUUUGGACGAAGCGAAAAUAGCUUUCGACGUUUUUGACCAGAACAAAGAUGGAUUUAUUGAUGCAAGAGAGUUACAAAUUGUUCUAUGUUCUCUGCGCUUAAAGGAAGGAUCAGAGAUAGAGAACUGCAGGAGAAUGAUCAGGGCGUUUGAUGAAAAUAGAGAUGGGAGAAUAGAUUUUAAUGAAUUUGUAAAAUUAGUGGAGGGUAGCUUUUAA